UCGAAGUUUCAAUUGAUCGAGUUCCAUAAAAUUAUGGACUUCUAUCACGCAACUACCAAUUCCAUGAUAAAUUAUUCAAAACUUGCCCCGUAUGAUUGCUUACAUCCGAGUUUUUAUCUGAACCCUUACGACAAUUCGAAGAAUAUAUGUCUGAAUAAGCAAACUUACGAGGAUAACUUGAGAUUAUUUCUAGGAAACAAUUCAAUAAGUUCGAUGCUUUGUCAGAAGAAAAACCAGACUGCGAUCAGUAACAACAUUUACCAAUCUGGAACUGCAUUGCUUUCAUCUCCUUUCAGCAGCCAAUUUCAUAGACAUCAAUCUAAUCCAAACAGCCUACAAAACAUACACCACCGUGAUCCACUUUUGAACCCACCCCUGGACAAACUCCAGCCAACCACCCUUCACCAGGCCAUGCACUUGACCUCUCCCACGGGCUCAUUUGCUUCUCUCCCUGCAUGGGCAUACAAAGCAGAGAGUUGUCCAGGGUCGCGUCAGAUUCAACUGUGGCACUUUCUACUGGAACUGCUAAACAACUCCACACCUUCCUCGAGUAGUGAAAAAAGCUACAAACAUGUAAUCAGAUGGCAGGGUGACAUGGGGGAGUUUGUGAUCAAGGACCCUGACGAAGUGGCCCGUCUGUGGGGGGAGAGGAAAUGCAAGCCACAGAUGAACUACGACAAACUCAGUCGCGCACUCAGGUACUACUACAACAAGCAGAUUCUCAAGAAAAUCAAAGGCAAACGCUUCACUUACAAGUUCAAUUUCACGAAAAUGGUGCUUUUAACGCAACAACUACCUCAUCCAUUCACAAACGCCGCAUUAUUAAAGCCACGUAGCAACCAGCCGAUUAACAUAACUCGAAUGCCGCCGCCUUCCGACUUUCAUACGAACAUUCCGACAGGGAUGCAUCUAAACAAGACAUUGAACAAUUUCUCCAAUCACACUAUCAAUUACUCAAUAUUGGAGAAACAUCCUCACAAAUAUCAACCGAAUGCAUCCCAAAAACAGACGUCAAUGAACCUAGAUGGAAAAGUAGAUGAUAUCAAAUUAUGUCCGAGCCUAGUACAGACUGUUCCGAUGAAUGCACCGAAAGUAGCUCCGAAACGCACAAUGAUGAUGAGAGAUAUUUUGGAUCUAAACUGAAA